AUGCCCCGUUCUCCUUCACCAUCCCAAGCACCCCGAUUCUCCCUCAAACAGCUGCUGCUGGAGGUGGUUUUUAGAUGGAUGAGAUGUUGGAAUUCCCAUUUCUUCCUGAUGCUGACGGAGUUUCUCUUCCAGGUAAAAAAUGCAACCAACCAAAUCGUGAUGAACUGCGCCGACAUCGACAUCAUCACCGCGUCCUACGCCCCGGAAGGAGACGAAGAGGUUCACGCCACGGGGUUCAACUAUCAAAACGAGGAUGAAAAGGUCACCCUGUCCUUCCCCAGUACCCUGCAGAAAGGGACAGGGACACUAAAGAUAGACUUUGUAGGGGAGCUGAACGACAAAAUGAAAGGAUUUUACCGGAGUAAAUACAGCACGCCCAGCGGAGACACGCGCUACGCUGCGGUCACCCAGUUCGAGGCUACUGAUGCUCGCAGAGCUUUCCCUUGCUGGGACGAGCCUGCGAUUAAAGCAACAUUUGAUAUUUCUUUGGUGGUUCCCAAAGACAGAGUAGCUUUGUCAAAUAUGAACGUGGUGGAGCGGCGGCCGUACCCCGACGACGAGAGCCUGGUGGAGGUGAAGUUCGCGCGGUCGCCGGUCAUGUCCACGUACCUGGUGGCCUUCGUGGUGGGCGAGUACGACUUCGUGGAGGCGCGGUCGCAGGACGGCGUCCUGGUGCGGGUCUACACCCCCGUGGGCAAGGCUGAGCAGGGCAGGUUCGCCCUGGAGGUUGCUGCUAAAACUCUGCCUUUUUAUAAGGAUUACUUCAACGUUCCUUACCCUCUUCCUAAAAUUGAUCUCAUAGCUAUUGCAGACUUUGCUGCUGGUGCCAUGGAGAACUGGGGCCUUGUUACUUAUAGGGAGACUGCGUUGCUCAUCGACCCCAAAAAUUCCUGCUCCUCGUCCCGCCAGUGGGUGGCUCUGGUGGUGGGACACGAACUGGCUCACCAGUGGUUUGGAAACCUCGUCACCAUGGAAUGGUGGACUCACCUGUGGCUGAACGAGGGCUUUGCCUCGUGGAUCGAGUACCUGUGCGUGGAUCACUGCUUCCCCGAGUACGACAUCUGGACCCAGUUCGUGUCUGCUGACUACACACGAGCCCAGGAGCUCGAUGCCUUAGACAACAGCCACCCCAUCGAGGUCAGUGUGGGCCAUCCCUCAGAGGUGGAUGAAAUAUUUGAUGCCAUUUCCUACAGCAAGGGAGCCUCUGUGAUCCGGAUGCUGCACGACUACAUUGGGGAUGAGGAUUUUCGGAAAGGAAUGAACCUGUACCUGACCAAGUUCCAGCAGAGGAAUGCUGCCACAGAGGAUCUCUGGGAAAGCCUGGAAAAAGCCAGUGGCAAACCCAUUGCUGCUGUGAUGAACACGUGGACCAAACAAAUGGGAUUUCCACUUAUUUAUGUGGAGGCUGAGCAGCAAGAAGAUGACAAAGUGUUGAAGUUGGUCCAGAAGAAAUUCUGUGCCAGUGGACCAUAUACUGGGGAGGAUUUCCCCAUGUGGAUGGUGCCCAUCAGUAUUUGCACGAGCGAGGACCCCAGCAGUGCCAAAAUGCAGAUUUUGAUGGACAAACCGGAGCUCACCGUGGUGUUGAAGGACACCAAACCAGAGCAGUGGGUCAAGCUGAACCUGGGCACGGUGGGGUUUUACCGCACCCAGUACAGCCCAGCCAUGCUCGAGAGCCUCAUCCCGGCCAUCAAGGACCUGUCCCUGCCCCCCGUGGACAGGCUGGGGCUGCAGAACGACCUCUUCUCCCUGGCCCGAGCUGGAAUCAUCAGCACCGUGGAGGUGCUGAAAGUGAUGGAAGCUUUUGUGAACGAGCCCAACUACACCGUGUGGAGCGACCUGAGCUGCAACCUGGGCAUCCUGGCCACGCUCCUGUCCCACACGGAUUUCCACGAGGACAUCCAGGUGUUCAUCAGAGACGUCUUCUCCCCCAUCGGGGAGAGGCUGGGCUGGGACCCCAAACCUGGAGAGGGCCACCUAGAUGCCCUCCUGAGGGGUCUGGUCUUGGGAAAACUGGGAAAAGCCGGGCACAAGGCGACGCUGGAAGAGGCCCGGCGCCGGUUCAAGGAGCACGUGGAAGGGAAGCACAUCCUCUCCGCUGACCUGAGGAGUCCUGUCUACGUGACCGUGCUGAAGCACGGCGACAGCUCCACUCUGGACACCAUGCUGAAGCUGCACAAGCAGGCCGACAUGCAGGAGGAGAAGAACCGGAUCGAGCGCGUCCUCGGAGCCAUCUCCCAGCCAGAGCUGAUCCAAAAAGUUCUCACCUUUGCACUUUCGGAAGAGGUACGUCCCCAGGACACGGUGUCAGUGAUUGGAGGAGUGGCUGGAGGCAGCAAGCAGGGCAGGAAAGCUGCUUGGAAAUUCGUAAGGGACAACUGGGAGGAGCUUUAUAAUCGAUACCAAGGUGGAUUCUUAAUAUCCAGAUUAAUAAAGCUGACAGUGGAUGGAUUUGCAAACGAUAAAAUGGCUGCAGAAGUGAAGGCGUUCUUCGAGAGCCACCCCGCGCCGUCAGCGGAGCGCACGGUGCAGCAGUGCUGCGAGAACAUCCUGCUCAACGCGGCGUGGCUGCGGCGCGACGCCGACAGCAUCCAGCACUUCCUGCAGCAGCGCCGAGCCCCCGUGUGAGCCCCCGGCGCCAGCAGCGGCCCCAGCGCAGCCCAGGGGACCAGGGAG